AUGGCAAUCACCCUUUCCUCCUGGCAACGUCUGUCUUUCUUUGCGCCCAAACGGCGUGGUUCCCAAUCAAAAGCAAGUCCAUCACCAGUGGCAGCGCUCGACGAAAAGGACGCGCAAGAACCAAGAAUGGGUUAUGCAGUCUCCGAGACAUCUGCCGCCACUGCGAAGCUCAGCUCCGAGCAGCGCGCUGCGUUUGCGGUCACCUCUCGUCUGCUCGCUAGCUUCGUUACGGAGGCGUUGCUUCGCGCGAUCUACAUACCAUCCGAAGCCGAGGACUAUGCCGGACUUUGCGUCAUAUUUGCUUCGGUAAAGCCCUCUUCAUCCGGAGCGAAGACGGUGGCUGGUAUCUUUGCAGUCGUACCUGUGCAUCACGUACCGAUCUUGAAAGAGGACAAUGCCGUGUGGCUCUUGGACCCCCUCGACAUGCUUCCGAACAUCCUAUUCUUCGGCGAUGAGGCGGGAGAACUCUGCGAAGAAUUCCAACGGCGUAACAUUGCAACAUGCUUGCGUGCCGCGCACUGGACAGUUGACGACGCGUCCUCGUUGAGGACCACUCUCAGUCCGCGUUUUUGGUGGACACGAUUUGCAGAAGAUGCAGCUAUGGAAGUCUCCAUGCGCGAUACAUUGUUGGAGGAGAUUGCCAGUUCGUUUAUGUGGCAAAAGGCAAUCUAUGAUAGGUUGCCUUUCCUUCCUGCGUUAGGAGCAUCUGCUAUCGAAUGGGAACAAAGUCUCGUCGAAGGCCAUCCCACGCACCCCAUGCAUCGCGCACGCCGCACUCUCCCCCCUCUUCAACCCCUGACGCCCGCCACUCGUGACUGGUACCGGCCCAAGGUCCGCUUCGCCGUGGUCUCGCGCUCCAGGGUCGACAUACGGGGAGAUUUUGAAGCUCGUAUUCUCGACUUGGUGAAGGUCGCUGCCGCACAUACGGGUGCGAGCCUGCCUGAGAUCCCACCGGAUCGACUCAUUAUGCCCGUAUACGAUCUUCAAGUGGCGAACAUCGAGGACAAGUUCCCCGAUGUGCAAAUCCUUCCAGAAAGUAUCAGCAUUCAGACGCAGGCGCAGGCGAGUUUAAGAACCAUCACGAUCCCGGGCUUUUCCUUCGCUCUCAAGCUUGCCGUUGGGAUCAAGGUGUCCUCAGCGUUACGCACCAUCUCACACUACACCGCCAACGUUGGACCGCGCCUCUCUGAGGAGAUUGUGCCCAAACUUGCGGUUGAUCCCGAGGUGUUGUACAUCGAACGUGAGACGGGCAGUGCCGUCUGUAUGCGCGACAUGGACGGCAACACGGUCGAUGAAGACAUCGCCAAGCACUUCACGGCUGUACUACGCGACCCGUACGUUCCCAAAGAAGACGAAGCCGUCGUACUUGUCGCAGCUCUCGGUGAGACUGGGCAUGCGAACUCUCCAGCCGGCGUGUCUGCUGCCCAGCAGAUACUUGGGUUGGACACACGCGAGAAACGUGUGUCCUUCUUCGAUGAGUAUACUCGGCUACUGGUUGACGCUGUCGUCCCGCCCAUGCUGCACAACGGACUUGCCUUCGAAGCGCACCCUCAGAAUACGCUAGUUCGGCUCUCACGCUCCACGAAGCGAGUACGCGGCUUCGUCAUGCGCGACCUGGGUGGCCUACGUGUUCACGCAGAGACCUUACGCGCAAGUACGGGCACUGACUUCCAGUUCUUGCCUGGGCACUGUGUGGUCACCGCCAGCGUUGAAGAGGCCGCCAAGAAGCUCUACCACACCCUCGUCUUCAACCAUCUCCAGCGCCUUGCACGCUCAUUAGGCCUUCAUCACGAUGGUUCGGGCUGGGGUCUGCUGCGGAAGCACCUUGAGGCGAAGAUCCCGCGGGAUAGCUGGCUGUGGAAUGUAUGGCUGAGUGAGGAUGGUGCGCAUAGCGUGAGCGGAAAGUGUCUGCUCAGAAUGAAGCUCGCCGGGUUGUACCGCGAUUCUGUUUAUGAGCCCUUCCCUAAUCUUAUACAAUAUCGACCAUCAUAG